GUUGUGGUGGAGUAAAAGGUUGUUUUGAAUCAAACCUUGAACCUAAUCUAAUGAAAUGGUUGAAGGGAAUGUUUGGACAAGUAGCAAAACCCAUUGAUUUUGGUAAUAAUCCUGCAGUUCAAGACCAAUUUGUCAAAAAUAAUGUCGUGAAUCAAAUGGGAAACGUUAGUAAAAUCGAUUUUGUUAAAUCUGCUAAACAAACAAUACAGAUUCAUGGAUUUGUUUUUGAUUUAAAAAAUGGCCCAUUAUUAAAGGUUACAGCAUAA